UUCAUUCCGCCUUCCCACAGCGCCGUUCCCUCCCUACUCCUCCAGUAACCAUCUCCACUCCCUUCCCCACCGAGCUCGACCACGGCCUGCACCUCAGAAUUCUCUUUGUUCAUAUUCUCGUUUCUGUGUACUAGUAGCGCAGCGUAGCGCGAUUGUCAAGGUAACAAUUAAACACUGUUCACCGGCCGAAAGAGGACAGCGACCUGAAAGUGUGAAAUUUUCUCUUCGGAUCUUCAAUCUGCUUAUUCUUCUAUUUGCAAUUGUUUUAAACUUCUGAAAGAGAUAUCCUUGUCAUGGCUUUCUCUUUAUAUGGAAGACUUGGGAGAGAAAAUUGACCCUAAAGAGAGCAACGUGAAAUUUGAAGGAAACAAGAAUAAUAUGAAGACUCCCAUUGAAGAAGGCAUCAAUGCUACUGAGAAGCUAAGCAAGGCAUUACAACAAGUCAUGGUGGAGAUUUUGCAAGACUUUAGGGGACAAAAUCAUCAACCUACUCACGAUGUUUGGACUUUUAAACAGUUCAAUUGCAUGAACCCUCCGACCUUUGAUGGAAAAACUGAUCCGGUUGAUGCAGAAAUUUGGAUCCUAGAAAUGGAAGAAUUACUACAAAUCCUUCGCUGCACGGACGAACAAAAGGUGUUUUACUCUUCUUUUAAGAUGAGGGGUGAAGCCAAACAAUGGUGGUACUCAAUGAAGCUUCUCCUAAAACAAGAAUCAGGUUCAGCAAUCAUUACGUGGGAACGCUUCAAGGAGGUUUUCUUUCAACGAUUUUUUCCCAAAUAUAUUAGAGAUGCCAAAGCCAAAGAGUUUGAAAACUUAAUACAAGGAAACAUGACUGUCCAACAAUAUGCGGCGAAAUUCAUUGAGUUAUCUCGUUUUGCAUUGUAUAUGAUUCCGGAUGAGUUAAAGAAAACUCGGAAGUUUGAAGAAGGCUUGAGCCCAAUGAUAUAUAAUCAAGUUGUGGUAUUGCAAAUUAAGGACUUCUUCGAAUUGGUGAACAAAGCAACUGUUGUUGAGAUGUGUCAACAAAGGAACACUGAGAUGUAUAACCAAAGAAAGAGGCCUAUGCCUCAAGAAGUUUCCUCUGGUAGAAAUCAAGGUCCUUUGAAGAAGAAAAAUAACAACUUGGGCUAGAGGCAAGCAAUUGGAAAUGAGACCUAUCAAAACAAUCAACAAUAUGCUCCUUGGAGAUACUUCUGGUACAAAAGUAUUUGAGGCUUUAUUUAUUUUUGUUGUUUUUAUUUCUUAUGCUCGUUGGAGAUACUUCUGUAAUAUAGUUAUUUAGUACUUUGUACAACAGUAUUUGAGGUUUUAUUUAUUUUUGUUGUUUUUAUUUCUUA